AUGAUCAAAAUUCUCCGUGUCCGAAAUCUUAACAGAACCAACGGCGCCAACCUUGUUGUACUUCUAAACGUUUGGUUCCAGAGAGAGGUCAUACAAAUCCAUAUAGGUCAGGCCGGAGUCCAAAUAGCGAACGCCUGCUGGGAAUUGUACUGCCUGGAGCAUGCGAUCCAACCGGACGGAUUGCUUUACCAGCCGUACCACUGCGCUAACGUAGACACCAGUUACAACACCUUCUUCAGCAUUACCCCAUCAGGAAAAUGCGUUCCCAGAGUGUGCAUGAUAGAUCUGGAGCCGACGGUCAUAGACGAAAUACGCACCGGCCACUAUCGCAACCUCUUCCACCCCGAACAGCUGAUGACCGGCAAAGAGGAUGCGGCCAACAACUUCGCGCGCGGCAUGUAUUCUGUGGGCAAGGAGAUGCUGAACCUGGCUCUGGAUAGGAUCAGAAAGGUAGCGGACGACUGCAGUUCUCUGCAAGGCUUCAUCAUAUUUCGAUCGUUCGGAGGAGGCACCGGAUCAGGCUUCACAGCCCUUUUACUUGAGAACCUGGUCAAGGACUUUGGGCGCAAGAGCAAGUUGGAAUUUGCCAUUUAUCCAGCACCGAAAAUUUCUCCGGUUAUUGUGGAACCUUACAACGCCGUCCUGACAACUCACAGUAGCAUGGAAUACGAAGACCUUGCUUUCAUCAUGGAUAACGAAGCAACAUAUGAUAUCCUCGGACGAAAUCUGGAUGUUCCCAGGCCGACUUAUACAAAUCUCAACAGAUUAUUGGCUCAGGUCGUGUCAACAAUUACAGCAUCGUUGCGAUUUGAAGGUGCUGUGAAUGUUGAUCUGACCGAGUUCCAAACCAAUUUAGUGCCAUAUCCUCGCAUUCACUUCCCGCUGAUGACAUACGCACCUUUCGUGCCCAUAUCCAAGGCUUAUCAUGAGCAACUAAGUGUUGCUCAGUUGACCAACUGCUGCUUCGAACCGGAAAACCAAAUGGUCAAAUGCGAUCCGAGGAACGGCAAAUACAUGUCGUGCUGCUUGCUGUAUCGUGGCGAUGUUACACCGACGGACGUGAAUAACGCCAUCACGAACAUAAAGAACAAAAGGUCCAUUAUGUUUGUCGAUUGGAGUCCAGCUGGAUUCAAAGUGGGUAUAAAUUACCAACCUCCAACUACAGUUCCCGGUGGAGACCUGGCGAGGGUGGACAGAGCCGUGACGAUGCUCUCCAACAGUACUGCGAUCAAGGAGGCCUGGAGUCGCAUAGUACGCAAGUUCGAUUUGAUGUACAAGAAGCGGGCAUUCGUUCAUCACUUCGUCGGCGAAGGUAUGGAGGAAAACGAAUUCAACGAGGCCAAGGAGGAUUUGUUGGCUCUUGUUAUGGAUUAUAAAGAAGUUGCCAGCGAUUAAAUUCCC